GCAGAGGACAAAUCUCUUCAGGGCACGAGGAAACUCUCUGCAGCUCGAAGCACAAGGCAUCACAGAUCACUUUGAAAUUCUUUGCAGCCACUCUUUAUUGUUCAAGUCUCUAGGACAACCAUGGCAAUAGUACCCGAACUCGCCAGUGAGAUGACGGCUUACCACAGCGGCAGUGAGAAUGACUUGUUUUUUGAGGAAAAUGAUCCCAAAAGUAUGAAGAGCUACCUCCUGGACCCGGAUGAGGGCAUCCAGCUGCACAUCUCCCCUGGCUACCACAACAAGAGUUUCCAACAGGUCUUGUCGAUCAUCGUGUCUCUGGAGAAGCUGAAGAAGAAAGCAGUUCCCUGCCCUCUGGCCUUCCAGGAUGGCGGUCUGAGGACUUUCUUCUCCUUAAUCUUUGAAGAAGAACUUCUCUAUGAUACAGAGGAUGACAGUUUUGAGUGUGAUGCAAUACAGUCACUGCACUGCAAGCUCCGGGAUGCACACCAAAAAUGCUUGACGUUGUCAGAGUCCUAUGAGCUGAGAGCUCUCCACCUCAGUGCACAGAAUCUGAACCAACAAGUGGUGUUUUCUAUGAACUUUGUACAAGGAGAAGAAAGUAUUGACAAGAUACCUGUAGCGCUGGGCCUCAGGGGGAAGAAUCUGUAUCUGUCCUGUGUGAUGAAAGACGAGAAGCCCACCCUGCAGCUGGAGAGCGUAGACCCCAACCAUUACCCAAGGAAGAAGAUGGAAAAGCGAUUUGUCUUCAACAAGAUAGAAAUCAAGGACAAGGUGGAAUUUGAGUCUGCCCAGUUCCCCAACUGGUACAUCAGCACCUCUCAGGCCCAGAACAUGCCGGUCUUCCUGGGAAAAAACAUUGGUGGCAGAGAUAUAACUGACUUCAGCAUGGAGUUUGUGUCUUCCUAAAGAGAGCCCUCCAUGGAAGAUCUGCAGGUUCUGAAUGUACUCAACACUGUGGCUGAUAGAAGGGGAACACGUUGUGAUGCCUCACUGCCUACCUUCAAGAACUCAGAAGCAUGCUUUCCCGCGGGCUGGCAGAAGGAGCUCCCUUGUAGAACCUUCUGCUGGGCCAGCCUCUCCCACCUCUGCUACUCAUACAAUGUCAGCCCAAUACAAUUCAAAGAAACCCUCUUGUCACCCAGCUUCUAUGAACAACCACUAAAUUAUCUAUUUAUGUAUUUA